UCUGCGUGCCUUCGACCCAGUGUGACUUCCAUUCACGGGCCACCACCAGGCACGAUUCUGCUCUCGUUCCACUGUAGAGCCCCGAGUGUGCACCAAGUGAGGGCCUAGAUUCCACAAGUCCAGGCGCGAUUCUGCACCCGUUCCACUGUAGAGCCCCGUUUCUGAUGUUCCAGAGAAAACAAUCAUCUUAUAACUCUUCGGAUGAGAAGUUUGAGAUUCGGAAAGAAACGUACAGGGGUCAACAGUAUAGUCAGAUUUACUUUGCUCGUCUUCACAUGUUGUGGACUAUUCUCUAUUCCCUUGCUCCUAAUUGGAAACCUCAUUUACCAGUACGUACUGUUUUGGAAUUAGAAGAGGGGAAGGAAUGCAUAGUUGUUGGAACCUUGUACAAGCACAUGAAACUCAAACCUUCAAUUCUUGAGGAGUACUCUAAGGAGGUAUAGUUGUUGCUUGUAUUGGUGCAUAUAUUUUGAUACAUGAUCAUUGGAUUUGAAUAAGAAUGGAAUAUUUGGAAAGUAAAAGUCUGCAAACUUUCUGUGUAGUUAUAAGUUCUACCAUUAUGUAGUUAUGUGUAAUAAGGAUUUAAGUUUGAUUUCUCUAGUUUGGUAAGUUUUACCAUUAGUUAUGUGUAAUAUGGUUCAAAUGGGAAGGUUUAAUUGUUGUAUAUCUUUUGCUCUUUUCAAUAAACUUACUAUCAAAUUAUGCUUUGUUUUAUAGAGUGAUGGUAGAAAUACUAUAUUUUUUGUUACUUUUAAAAGUUGUUAUAUUAAUGAAUAAUUGAUUAACUUAUUGUACUCUGCAUAUGGCUUUAUUUAUAGAGUGAUAGUAGAAAGACUAUCAUUUUUUUUUACUUUCGUUCAUAUAUUUUUUCUUUGUUUUAAAUAAGACUACAUGCUAACAUUUUCUUGUGCAAUAGUGACAACUUCUUUUAUUCAUACAUUUUUUCUUUUUUGGGAGUUUCCAACUUUCAUGUUUCAACCAUAUUAGGAUUGAUG